GCAGACUCCAGCUCCAUUUCUUUCUAAGUCCAGAAGGGACUGGACCAGCACUCUGAAGUUGCAAGUAUGACAUUGUGGCGACAGUAGGUGGUAGGGGUCUGAGUGAAUUUUCAUGAACCCUGCAAAGGGUCAUUUUAGCACAUAUUGGCUCAAGAAAGUGAUUUAAAAAUAUGUUAACCUUUUCAGCGUGUGUGUUCACUGCUGCCGCUUGUUUGUUACUGUUAUGUUGCAAUAUCAUUGAUCUACCACAAGGGUGUGCUGAAUCCCUGGCAGCUGAUGAUAGGAACUAGACAUAGGAAUGUAAUGUGAGAAAGCGACUAUACACAAAGUACCACAUAAUUUCACUGAAAGCAGAUCAGCGUUUCCCAUCCUGUGAAAUUAGAGCUCAGCAUAAAAUUAAAACCAUGUGGCAUUCAGUCAAAUCAGCAGUCCUGUUGCGCUCAUGUCCCCACUUCACUUCUGUAACUCGAUCUUUCAGUGUAAUGUUUGUAUUAACGUUCACUUGGAAUUUCAGGCAUCUUGAGAAGUGUACACACUCUAAAACACUCCCUCUGGCUGAGUGUGUGUACAGCGCCUGAUCGAAACAGAAUCAAAAUGCUGCUGGUCCUGAUGCAGCUGUUGGUCUCUGUGUCCUCCCUGCCACAAUGCGACCCACAAAGAAGAGGACUGUGCAAGCCAACGGUGGAAGAGAAAUCCAAAUGUACCGAUCUGCUCCUGUCCUACUGCGAUGACAUGGCCUACACCCAGACCAUGUUCCCAAACACUGUGGGACACAAAACCAGUAACGACGCAGAGACCAGCGUGGAGUACCUCCUCCUGAGCGUGGUGGAAUCCCUGCUGAGAGGACAGUGUAACCCAGAGGUACGCAUGCUAGGCUGCUCUGUUCUGACCCCGCGCUGUGAGAGGGGCGCGGCGCUGAGGCCCUGUCGCAGCUCUUGUGAAGAGGUGCACAAAAAAUGCAUGCAUGCCUUCGAUGGGAUUGACAUGGCUUGGCCCUACUUCCUGGACUGUGACAGAUUCUUUGUCAGCGAUGAAGAGGGAUGUUACGACCCACUCGAUGGCCUUAAAGAGAGAGAGGGAGACGCCUUCCAGGACAUGGAAGCUCCACUCUCUGAAAAACCUGGAACAGCGAUCCAGUUCACCUACCACUCCAACCCUCAGAUGAUCAGCACCCUGAAGGAGACUGAGGGUCGAUGUCCCGACAUCGCCAGAACCUACAGCAUCGGCCGCAGCAUGGAGGGCAGGGAGCUGCUGGUGAUUGAAUUUUCCAACAAUCCUGGACAACACGAGCUGCUGGAGCCCGAGAUAAAGUACAUCGGAAACAUGCAUGGGAAUGAAGUGUUGGGCCGCCAGCUGCUCAUCUACUUGGCUCAGUAUCUUUGCUCUGAGUAUCUUAGAGGAAAUGAGCGCAUCCAGACCCUCAUCAACUCCACCCGCAUUCACAUCCUGCCCUCCCUGAACCCUGAUGGAUAUGAGGUGGCCAUGUCUGGAUCCAAUCAGAACAACUACGGCGAUGCUGAUGAGGGGUACAAGUAUAGCUCUUGGAACACUGGUCAAAACAACGCCCAGAACGUCGACCUGAACAGAAACUUCCCUGAUUUGACGACAAUUGUUUACAACCGACGCAGACAAAAGGGUUUCCGCACCGACCACAUCUCAAUCCCAGAUAAUUACUGGUUUGGUAAGGUUGCACCAGAGACAUAUGCUGUCAUGAAGUGGAUCCGCUCCAUCCCGUUUGUGCUUUCUGCCAACUUCCAUGGUGGGGACUUGUUGGUGUCCUACCCCUACGACUUGUCCAAACACCCUCUAGGACACAGCAUGUUCUCCCCAACACCAGACGAUAAAGUUUUUAAACUGCUGGCAGGAAUUUAUGUAAAUGCCCACGAAACAAUGUCCAAUGAAAACGCUCGAUGUGGAUUGUCUCCUACUAAGAGCCAGAAGGGGACCAUUAAUGGAGCCCAGUGGUAUAGCAUCACAGGAGGAAUGCAGGACUUCAACUAUCUUCACACCAACUGCUUUGAGGUGACCGUGGAGCUGGGUUGUGAUAAAAUCCCUCCUGAGGAGGAUCUCUCCCUUAGCUGGCACGAUAACCAAGAGGCUCUGCUGUCCUUCAUGGAAGCAGCUCAUCGAGGUAUCAAAGGAAUAGUGAAUGAUGAGGAAGGAAAUGCGAUAAAAGGUGCUCGGAUAUCUGUCAGAGGAAUACGGCACGACGUCACUUCAGCUGAAAAUGGAGACUACUGGCGCCUCCUCACCCCAGGCACCCACAUUGUCGCUGCCUCUGCUCCUGGCUACACCAGAUCCACGAAGAAGGUGCACUUGCCACGCAUGCAGAAGGCAGGCCGAGUGGACUUUGUGCUGCAGACAGCUCCUCCAGACUCUGGCUCACAGGAAGCUGACAACAUCCUCCCCUCCACGGGCAACUAUGAGCGGUUUGACCCCUAUAACCAGUAUGUGCAGUACACCAUGAUGGCUGAGCUGAACCAGAACCAGGGAGUGCGGGCGGAGAAGCCCUGGUGGUGGAACUACUUUGUCUCUGUAGGAGGCCCCGCCCCCACCUGGCUGCUCAAACAACAUUAAAGCUUUAAUCAGAGGGGAUGCAAGCUGUCAUGUAAUGAUUCUGCUUUGCUUUAAAUAUCACACAUUUUUACUGUCAGUGGCUCAGAUUAAUUUUUUAUUUUUACUGUAAAUGCCUAAUUUGCAUUUGAUUUAAAAUAAAUAAAACAUUUAGAAAGA